UGGCCCGGGGUGGAGUCAACAGCAGCUCCAGCCUCACUCAGUCCGUGAGCUCAGCACUCUGAUUUUUCUGCCCUCCAGCUUCACUCGGCUGCCGGAGAGCUCUUUACCCGAGAACAGUGGAAUGAAAACAGGAUAUUUUUAGGAUUAUUCCCCCGCACAUUUCAUCUCCGAGCAGCGACAGAAGAGCGGAGGACACAGCAGCAUGGGGGCGUACGAAGAGAAGAAGGAAACAUGUGGAACCAUCUGCCUGAAAUACGUCCUGUUCACUUUCAACUUUCUCUUUUGGUUGGCAGGGGGCGUUGUGAUGGCGGUGGGCGUUUGGACCUUGGUUGAGAAGAGCGACUACAUUAGCCUUCUCUCCUCCAAGACCUACGCUGCCUCCGCCUACAUACUGGUCCUGGCUGGAGCCAUCGUCAUGGUAACAGGCGUGCUGGGCUGCUGCGCCACCUUCAAGGAGCAGAGGAGGCUACUGCGAGUGUACUUUGUCCUGCUGCUGUGCAUCUUCCUGUUGGAGAUCCUGGCUGGCGUCCUGGCGUAUAUCUACUACCAGCAGUUGAACGAGGAGCUGAAGCAGAACCUGAGAGAGACCAUGAUCAAGAAGUACGAACAGAAGAGCUACGAAGACAUCACGAGGGCCGUGGACAAACUGCAGCAGGAGUUCAAGUGCUGUGGGAGCAACAGUUCAGCCGACUGGGCCGCCAGCAUCUGGAUUCGCUCCAGAGAAUCAGAAAACAGGGUGGUGCCUGACAGCUGCUGCAAGAGUCCCACUGAGUUCUGCGGCCGCAGGGACCACCCGUCCAACAUCUACAAGGUGGAGGGCGGCUGCAUCUCUAAACUGGAGAAAUUCAUCCUGGACCAUCUGAAGAUCAUCGGAGCGGUGGGCGUGGGGAUCGCCUGCGUACAGAUCAUAGGCAUGGUGUUUACCUGCUGCCUAUACCGAAGUCUAAAGGCAGAGCCGUACUAAGAGGAGCAGAAGAAGAAGAAAAGCGAGUGUGUGAAGGAGGUAACAUCAUCACCAGACGCCGUACUCAAACAGCCCAUAGGUUCUUUUCUUUUGCCGUGCACAGAGG